AUGUUCUCAGUUGUGAAAGAGGAGAAUUUGGACAGCAGGACAAAAAAGGAAGACAGCCCCCUGGAGCAGAUACCUUUGCCCCUGGAGGCCACAUCAAACCCUGGGGCCUUUUCAAAGAGUCUCCAUCUGCUCAGUCACUGGGAGGUAGAUAGCCCCAGGAAGGAGCCCAGUCAGCCUUGGGGGCCAGACCAGGAGUGGAUAAAGCUAGAAAGAGACAUCAGGGAAGAGGUGGUGUUUGACCUGCUGAAGCCAAUUGAACCUGUACAGAAGUUGCUCCCUCAGGUGGAUGAGGAGGCCCUGCAGGAAGCCGUGAAGGGAGAAUGCUGGUGGAAGGCGUGGGUGAAGAAGCCAGUCACCUCUGAGGAUGUGGCAGUGAAUUUCAACCAGGAAGAGUGGGAAUGUCUAGACGCCAGUCAGAGGGUCCUCUACCAGGACGUUAUGUCAGAGACCUUCAGAAACCUGAUGUCUGUGGUCAGAAUCUUUCUGUCUAAUCCAGACCUGAUCGCCAAGUUUGAACAAGAAGAGAAACAGUGGAGAGCAGGUCUCCGUCCCCCAAACGGAGAAGGCCUUCAUUCAGGCAAGAGAGAGGAACUUCAAGAACAGAGUCAGAGUUUGGGAGAUGAGGGAAGCAGCGAUGACAAGAAGGUCUCCCUUGCUUGCAGAAGGGCAGGCCCAUCCUCUGCUGCAGCUGGGUCCCUGGACAGGACACCAGUGUUCCCAGCAUCCUGGGCUGGGCCACCCUUUACCUGCCAUACCUGUGGCAGGUGCUUCAGCAAGCGCUCCAGCCUCUACAACCACCAGUUUGUUCACAGCUGCGGCCAGUGCGGGAAGUCCUUCCUGAACCCCAAGGACCUCAGCUACCACCGGCGCAAGCACCUUGGGGAGAGGCCCUUCUGCUGCUCGCUCUGUGACAAGACCUACUGUGAUGCUUCUGGACUGAGCCGUCACCGCCGUGUCCAUCUGGGUUACCGGCCCCACUCGUGUCCCUUCUGUGGGAAGUGCUUUCGGGACCAGUCUGAGCUCAAACGCCACCAGAAGAUACACCAAGGCCAGGAGCUGGAGGCUGGAAACCAGAAGCAUAUCCUGAAGAUUCCAGCUGGAUUCCAGGGGCUGGCAACUGCAAACAAUGCACCAGUGGCCGGGACCCAAGGACCCUCAUUUAAAACCACCAGUCCCGAGGCUCAGACCCAGCCAUCUAUAGACAGGAGCCCAGCACCUGCAACCAAGAACCAGGUAGUCACUGGGAAGGCUCAGCACCCAGUCGUUAAAACUGCAGAGCCUGUGACCAGGACCCAGGCAGCCAACACGAGAACUGCCUGCCUGGAUACCAAGUCCAGCUCUCACCCAGGAAAGCCUUCAAGACUCAAGGUCUUCUCUUGCCCUCAUUGUCCCUUGACUUUUAGCAAGAAAAGCUGUCUCUCCAGCCACCAGAAGGCCCACUUCACAGAACAGUCCAACCGCUGCUUCCACUGCGGCAAGUCCUUCACUUUAUUCUCUGGGCUGGUCAGGCACCAGCAGACUCACUGGAAGCAGAAGCUCUACUGUUGCCCUAUCUGCGACGUCUGCUUUGGGGAGAAAGAGGACCUUUUGGGUCACUGGGGGGGCUACAGGGGCAAGGGGCUCUGCCUGGGCAGUCCCCAUAAAUGCUGGGCGAUCUUGGCACCUCUGAUGGAGAGAAGAGCAGCUGCCUGGCUGUAA